CCAACCAGCCCGCGCCGAGCCUGCCAAGGCGAAGGCGGCGCGCCCCCGCCCACGAGCGGCUGCUUCGGGGGGUGAGCGUCUGGGUCGAUCCCGCCCCCGCCGGCCCGCGUCCGACAGGCUGCUGGGGGAAACGCGUGGGACGGGCGGCGCGGGCAGAGGGGCGCUCCCGUCCGGGCAGAAGAGGAGAAGCGCCAAAGAGGGGGGUCCUCGCGGGGAACCCCGCCUUCCCUCCGUCCCUGUCUCCGGAGUCUCGGGGGAGGAGAAGAGAGGGGGUGACGGGACUUUCCAGUGAAUGGACUCGCCGAGGGAGCGAACAUGGCCAGUGUCUCCUCCUUCGGCAAGUACACUCACGCCAUUGUCCGCUGCAUUCCUUCCUCCUUUGCCACUGCGGAGACCACAGCGGAUGGAUCUAAUGGUGGGCCUGAUCCAGUGGAUCUAGCCAAGGCUCACCGACAGUAUGGCGUCUAUACGGGCAUCCUGCGCCAGAAGCUAGGGCUGCAAGUCAUUGAACUGGCAGCAGAUGAGGGCCUCCCCUGUGCCACGCUGGUGGGGGAUCUGGCAGUGAUCCAGGGAGAUACUGUGCUCCUCACGCGGCCAUGGAUGCCCACACGGCGAGACGAGAUCAGCUGUGUCAAAAAGGUCUUGGAGGAGCUAAAACUUCGUGUGGUGGAAGUUACAGAUGAGGGAGCUACCCUGGAUGGAAGUGAUGUACUUUUUACAGGUAGAGAGUUCUUUGUGGGUAUUUCCAAGUGGACUAAUCACAGAGGAGCAGAGAUGGUAGCUGAUGCUUUUAGGGAUUUUGCUGUGUCUACCGUUCCUGUCUCAGGCACGUUGCAUCUCCGCAGCUUCUGCAGCAUGGCUGGACCUGACACAGUGGUCAUUGGCAGCAGUGAAGUGGCCAAGAAAGCCAUGAAGACCAUGGAGCAGUUAACUGAUCACCACUAUGAAACGCUGACAGUACCUGAUGACCCAGCUGCUAAUUGCAUCUAUGCUCGUCUCGGCCAGAAGAGCAGCAUCCUCUUGCACCGCAGCGCAGAAGAGUAUCCAAACAGUGUGCAACCUUUUCAGAAGCUUCCAGACUAUACCCUGAUCCCUGCGGCAUGCACGGAGGUAGCCAAACUUGGUGGGACUCUCAGUUCCUGCUCCCUUCUCAUCAACAAGAAGCUGGAGAUCUAGUGCCUAUGGAUCCACACAAAAAUACAGGUUCCCCAGUCCCUGGAGCCCUUUCCUUGUUUCCUUUGUGCAAAGCAAUGUAGCUCUUUUUCUCCACUAAUGAAGCAGAGUGCCACCCUGAUUCCCAUACCUGCUAAUUAGGUCAAAUUUAAAUUUGGUGCCUGCUUCUCUUUUUAUUUACAUUGGCCCUUCACUUCCACCAAGUCCUACCUCUCUUUACUUCCUCGCUUUACCUUUCCUUGUGUUACCCUUUAGAAAGACUUUUACUCCAGCAUAGAUAGGUGUUCAUCUGUUGCUCCCAAACUUGAAGAAAAGCCACAGCAGGAAACCUGGCCUUUCAGCUUUUCCAUCAGCAACUCCUGUUUUAAUAAGGUUCUCACGUUUUCAACCCACUGGGAUACUUAAGGAACAGUGUUGAUUUUUUUUCCCUCUUUUUUUCGGUCAAUGACAGGAUUUUGUGGGACAAGAUGAUCGCAGUAGAUACUGAGAUAUAUUUGUUGACAGCCUUUUUGGAAGACCCAUAGGAGCAUCCAUUGUGAAGUCUGCAUCCACAGUGGUGGCCAAAAUAGGUCCUUUGUUUUUCCCUCUCUUUCUAUAUCACUAUAUUAGCUUUGGAGAGCAAUGGUAUCCUUGCAGCAGAGGCCUGCUUGUGACUGCUAUUGCAAAUAGUCUCAGAUUGGCUUGGCAGAGAGGCCAUCUUCCCUUAUUAGAGAACUGCAUAAUUCUAUUACCAUUGGUGUUAGGGAUUAGGAGGCAUCCCUAAUUGUAAUGGUGGGAACCCAACACUUCAUAUUUCAUGGGGGAAGUACAGCCGUUUCAGUGGUGGUGAUGGUUCACAUGACCUUCAUUCCCCUUGAAACAAGGUUCUCAGAGAACUUUAUAAAUGCUAUCUUACAUGUCUGCUUAGUAUACUAUAUACUGUGGUGCUGUAGUUUGGGUCCUGAAAGUAUAGAGUUACUCUCUACAAGUAGUCCUCGCUUAACAACCACAAUUGGGAUCAGAAUUUUGGUCAGUAAGCGAUGCGGCCGGUAAGCAAAUCUGACCCAAUUUUACGUCCUUUUUUGUGGCAGCCGUUAAGUGAAUCACAUGGUCAUUAAGCAAACCACGUGGAUGUUAAGCAAAUUAUGCGGUUUCCCAUUGAUUUUGCUUGCCAGAAGCUGGCUGGGAAGGUAAAAAAUGGCGAUCACGUGACCGUGGGACACUGUGAUGGUUGUAAAUGUGAACUGGUUGCCAAGCGCCCGAAUUGCAAUCAUGUGACCAUGGGGACACUGCAAUGGCCAAAAGUUCAAGGACUGGCCAUAAGUCAGUUUUUUCAGCACCGUCAUAAGUUCGAACUGUUGCUAAACAAAUGGUCACUAAGCAAGGACUACCUGUACUAUUUUCCUUGCUCACAACAGUUUCCUUAUUGCCACCUCUCUGCAUACUCACAAAACUGAAGUCACCACCAAGGAGGAUCACUGCUUUCCUUCCAGCAGCACCAUGUUAUGUAUUUGUGUAAUGUAGUUAAGGGGCAGUCAAAGCAAUGGUCUUGAGAACAGUUCUGCUGAUGACCAGUUAUAGGACUGUAGAUGAUUCACUCACUGCCUCUUUUAACCCCCUGUGGAAUCAAUUAAAAAACAGUAAUAAAUAAAAGACUGCAACAAUUCCA